AUGACGUCAUCGAUGCGCGCACUCACUCGGAGCGCUGAUUGGUGGAUUGCGAGAGGCGGGGAAAUGGGCGUGGCUAUGGCAUCAGCACCAGAACGGGACCAGAACCGGGACUGGGAUCAACAUCAGCAUCAAAACCGGGACUGGGAUCAACAUCAGCACCAGAACCGGGACCAGCACCGGGACCAGCACUAUCACCAGCACCAGAACCGGGACUGUGACCAGCAUCAGCAGCAGAACCGGGACCAGCCCCGGAACUGGGACCAGAACCGGGGCUGCGAUCGGAACUGGAGCCAGCACCAGCACCGGCACCGGGACCAGCACCGGCACCGGGACCAGCACCGGCACCGCGACCAGCACCGGGCCCGGUGCCGCCGCCUGGCGCUCGCCCUGGCCGCCCUGGCCGCCGCCGCCGCGCUCGGAGCCGCCGCCGCCGCCGCGCUGGUGACGCUGCGGGGCCGCGCCCCGGCCCAGGCUGCCACCGCCGCUCACAUCCUGCUCAGUGCUGGCUCGCUGUCCCCGUCCCCGCCCUGGCGCUACCGCCCCGGUGUCCGCGGCGUGUUCCUGAGCUCGGACCUGCGGCCGGACGCGGCGGGGACACUGCGGGUGGCGUCCGGCGGCCUCUACCUGCUCUACGGCCAGCUGGGGGUCACCUGCACGGCCACCAGCUGUCCCCAGGCCCGCGUCACCCUGCGGCUGCUCCGCGCCACCUCGGGCCGGUGGCGGCCGCUGCUGGCCGUGCCGCUGACCCUGCCGGCCGCGGCCGGGGGACAGAGCCGGCGGUCAGCGCUGGCCCAGGCCGUGGGUCAGCUGUGGCCGGGGGACGAGCUGCGGCUGGAGCUGGACACGGCAGGGGACACGGCAGGGGACACGGCAGGGGACACGGCAGGGGACACGGGCGGGUGGCAGCUGGAGCAGGAGGAGCGCGAGGGGAACUUCGUGGGGAUGCUGCGGAUCGCGGGGGGUGACAGCGGGUGA